AUGGAUCCGCUCCACAACCGGGUCUCUGCAACAAAGCACCAACACGGAAAGCAUCAACACGGAAAGCAUCUAACCGACAAUAACCAGGUCACUGGUGCUCCGUCAUACCUCUCAACGCUCUGGAUAUGGGCCAAAGAAUGGAUCGAUCCUCUCACAGCUUCCAAACUCAUGAUGCUGAAGGAAGAUGAAGUGUUGCCAAUAUUGGCAACGUACAUUGACGCUGCCAACAUCCCUAAAAAGUACGAAGGAGAAUAUGGCUUCGAGCAUGGCCGGCAGCCAGAUUUAGGCCCGGCAAUCGAUGAGAUUGUAGACUGGCUGGCGCCAUGUAGCAGCUCUUUCACUGCAGGAUCGAUGAAGCUGGUCUUCUCUUCCAUUGAAGUGAGGCUAGCGGCGGCGGCGGGCAGCAUCGACGGUACUCAGAGGACUCUCCUGGCGGGAAUCGUGCAUCCAGACAGGUUGGUGACCACGCAAUCAGAUGAUGCAGCUGGUGGUGCUAACAAAAUGUAA